UGGACUCCUCCCCCGUGGUUGAAAUGCUGUAUAAAUGCAGCAUCAGCCUGUCCACAACAGUGUCUGAAAGCUUAUUGGUACCCAAACAUGAAGGGACUGAGCUUGGUUCUUCUUGUGCUUCUCCUGAUGCUCGCAGUUGGGGAGGGCAAUGAUCCAGAAAUGCAGUACUGGACAUGUGGGUAUAGAGGACUCUGCAGACGGUUCUGCUAUGCUCAGGAGUACAUUGUUGGUCAUCACGGUUGCCCUCGAAGAUACAGGUGCUGUGCUACGCGGCCUUAGCACCUGUCCUCUAUGGAAGAGCCUGGAAAAUGCCACAUCGUAAGGGGUUACACCUUCAGUACAGGUAGCUGGGAUCCUGGUAACUGACGCAGCAUUCAUCUGGAUAAACCAUUUUGACAACUUUAUUUUUACUCUCAAUCAACCCCUCUUGGACUUCUAACAUGCUGUGCGAUCUGACAAUGAGGGGUUUUGAUGUGAACUUUAUAUAGUUAGGCCAUUACAGCGAUUAGGUGUGCAGCUGUAAUCCUGUUGCUCAGAGAUUUUGUUUGAGUUAUUAUUGCCUGAAACUUUGUGUGACUGAUCCUGGACCUAACAUUUAAUAACGUUUCAUAAUAAAUCCUUUGUGAACAGUUACUUCUACUCUGAAAAUGCAGUGUUGCCAAUAAAUGCAUGGAAAUAAA